AUGUCUUCUCUCCGUUCAGCUGCUGCACUGCUUCACCACGCGGGAUCCGCAACUGCCGUCGCUAGUAACGCCGUGGCCACUAGUAGCUCCGCUAUUCGCGCCGGAAAAUCCGCUCACGACUCGUCGAUUUCCUUGCGAUCCAGCUUCCUUCCUCGCCUCGAUUCGACUCUCACCACCACCACUGCCUCCACCUCAUAUUCGUCUCUCCCUUCCCCGUCUCUUAUCGCCGUCCGAUCGGCAUCGGCGAGUGCUGCGGGACCGGCCGCAAUUUCCGGCAGCCAAUCACAGAACGGUGCCGUCCGGGAACGAGUGAUCGCGAUUCCGGAUUUCGAGGCAGAUUUUGCGCCAGAGGUGAACGGGACGUACGGGAAGGGCGGCAGCGCCGAGGACGAUGCGGGCGCCAUACGCGGCGGAUUAAUCGACGGCGGACUCGUGUACAGGGAGCGCUUCGUCAUCCGGUGCUACGAAGUCGGCGUAAAUCGAAAGGCCUCUAUGGAGACUAUCGCGAACCUACUACAGGAGAUAGGGUGCAACCACGCGCAGAGCGUGGGGUUCUCCAACGACGGUUUCGCCACCACGCCAGCGAUGCUCGCGAAUCGCCUCAUCUGGGUUACCACUCGCAUGCACAUCGAGAUGUACAAGUACCCCAAGUGGGGUGACGUGGUGGAGAUUGACACGUGGUUCCAGGACGGCACCAUCAUGUCGCGCCGUGAUUGGAUCAUCCGCUUCGGCCACACGGGGGAGAUCAUUGGCCGAGGCACCAGUUCAUGGGCCAUGAUGAACCGGGACACACGGCGUCUCUCCAAGGUCCCUGCUGACGUGCGCGCCGAGCUCACAGUGCACUGCCCCAACCCCGAGAGGUUCUCCAUUCCAAAGAACAGCGUUGCAAAAAUCAACCAACUGGAAGAGCCAGCAGACCACGUUCGACCAUUCCUCCGGCCGAGGCGCAGCGAUUUGGACAUGAACCAUCAUGUCAACAACGUGACCUACAUCGCAUGGAUGCUCGAGAGCCUGCCCCAGUCCCUCUUGGGAUCUUACGAGCUGGCUGAAAUCACCAUCGAGUAUCGCCGGGAGUGUGGGCAGGACGAUGUGGUCGAAACACUCGCCAAGGAGAUCGUUUCACCUGAGGUUUCACCUGAAUUUUCACCUCGGGAGGGUGUAGCUGAGAAGGUGGUAUCUGGUGCAGGUGCCACUGCUGCUGCUGGUAGCACUCGUGGGAGUGUGAAUGCUAUUGCUGUGCUGGAAGGGGAGAGAGGAAAUGUGAGUCUUGUUGCUGCAGCUGGCGACGCUGAAGGGGUGGUGGAAGGUGCUGCCGAGCCUGCUGCCUUCCCUGCUGCACCAACUGCCUUUCCUGUGGCGCUAACCACCGAGCCUGCGGUGUUGCCCACCAAGCCUCCUGCCAAGCCUGCAGCCUUACCAGAAGUGCCAGUGGCCAAACCUGCAGUAUUCCCCACCAAGCCUGUUGCCGAGCCUGCAAGGUUCCCUGCCGCACCUGCUGCCCUCCCUGCAGUGCCAACCACCGAGCCCGUGGCCGUGCCGACCAAUUCAGCUGCCGAACCAGACGAGUUACCGACCAAACCGACAGCCGAGCCUGCGAGCCUUCCAGCAGAGCCUGCCACCUUCCCUGCAGUACCAGCAGCCGAGCCUGCAACAGUGCUGACCAAGCCUGCUGCCGAAUCUGCCACCUUCCCUGCAGUUCCAACCGCCGAGCCAGUAGCAUUGCCUGCCAAGCCUGCUGCUGAGCUUGCAAGAUUGCCUGCAGAUUCUGCUGCCUUCCCUGCAGUGCCGAUUGCCGAACCUGUGAGGUUGGUUGCCAAGCCGGCUGCCGAGCCUGCGAGGUUCCCUGCGGAUCCUGCCACCUUUCCUGCAGCGCCCACUGUUGAGCCCGCAGCGCUGCCCACCAAGCCUGCUCCCGAACCUGCAAUGCUUCCCACCGAACCUGCUGCCUUCCCUGCAGUGCCUACCGCUGACCCAGCAACACUACCCACCAAGCCUGCUGCCGAACCUGCAGCAUUCCCUGCCGAGCCUGCGACCUUCCCUGCAGAGCCGGCCACACUCCCCGCUGCCCUCCCCGCACCAAAAACAGCUCCGGUCACAUCCGAAAUCAACCCAGCUGGAGCCACAUUGAGGUUUGGCGAGCCUCCAACGCUGGCUUGGGCGCCUGCCAAGCCUGUGUUGGCACCCGCACCGGCGGCCAAAUCAGUCGAGGCAGUGAUGGGAGUGGAGGAGAUGGGGCCACUGGUGCAGGGGUUGAGAGGGAGGAUGGCUGGAGGAGAGGAGGGCUGCAGGGCUAUUCCUUGCGCUCUAAUCUUGUAG